UCUUCCAAAACCCUCGAACUUGAAAACAAAAUGAAUUGAAAUCUCUAAACCCUGGCGAGUGAUAAUGGCGGCGAAGAAAUCAAGCAGCGAAGGAGUGCUUUCUAGGGUUUCAUCGACGAUAUCUGAAUCCCCGAUCGUUUACAGAGGCAAACGAGCGGCCUCCGAUGCCGGUUUUGUUGCCAAGAAGCUUCUCAAGAGCACCGGUAAGGCCGCCUGGAUCGCCGGAACAACUUUUCUGAUCCUCGUCGUUCCUCUGAUCAUUGAGAUGGAUCGUGAGGCUCAGUUGAACGAGCUUGAGCUCCAACAGGCUAGUUUGCUCGGUACUCCUGCCGUCGGCGUCCCGCAGAAGUGAUGGCACUAAACCCUUAUUUUGCAGGUAUGGAUCCAACGGAGUGAAAUUUAAGCAGAAACAAAAUGAAAGAAAGCAGCAACAACACCAAUUGGUAUGAAGUUUUUCAUUUGGUUUUAUAUCAUGAAUUUGUGAUUCUAAAGAGAUGUUCUCUUGGCUUCAUCUUUUUUCCAUGAUAUUAUAUUUCAUGCAUAUUUAAAAUAACUGCAAUUAGAUUGAUCAUUGCAGAUAGGCAUGACCCUAAAAUGCUUUAGAAUUCAAUUAUAUAUUCGAACAAAGCCUUAUGCAUCGCGUAUAUUUAUAUGUUGGUUGGCUUUUGGUUUUACUUAGUAUUGGUAGUUGGAUGUUUA